UCCACCCAUCUUGUAACAACCUGCCGGAACCCGUCUUGGUGUUAUGAAUGCACGACAGACCAUAGAGAAGCUCUACUAGCAAACAGACUUUUGCCGAGCUUCAUCACUCGGAGAACAUAAAACAGCCGGUUGAAAACUAUAGUUAACGUUAGCUGUCACGGCAGCGUCACUUCGCAGCUGCUUUCACGGGUGAAGCUGGUUUUAGCUUGCCGCGUUAGCUCGUUUGCUAACUUUAACAGAAACCCGGUUAGACAUUCUUUCACAGCUUGUGAGAUUUUUUUCAAGACCGGUCCGGCAAGCAAGUCCGUUAGCAUAUAACACCUUUUUAUUCAUUUCGCCAUGGGCUCCAGAGCAUCCACAUUACUCAGAGAAGAGGAAAUCGAAGAAAUUAAGAAGGAGACUGGCUUCUCCCACAGUCAGAUCACUCGCCUGUACAGCCGCUUCACCAGUCUGGAUAAAGGAGAAAACGGCACCCUCAGCCGUGAGGAUUUCCAGAGAAUCCCGGAGUUGGCCAUCAACCCGCUGGGAGACAGAAUCAUCAAUGCGUUCUUUCCCGAGGGAGAGGACCAGGUCAACUUCAGGGGCUUUAUGCGGACCCUAGCUCACUUCAGACCAAUUGAGGACAAUGAAAAGAGCAAGAACGCCGCUGUCAGCGAGCCACUCAACAGCAGGACAAACAAGCUGCUUUUUGCUUUCCGUCUGUAUGACCUGGACAGAGAUGACAAAAUCUCUCGGGAUGAGUUGCUGCAGGUCUUACGGAUGAUGGUUGGUGUAAACAUUUCAGAUGAACAGCUUGGCAGCAUUGCUGACAGGACCAUACAGGAGGCUGACACGAAUGGAGAUAACUCCAUUUCCUUCAACGAAUUCAUCAAGGUCUUGGAGAAGGUGGACGUAGAACAGAAAAUGAGCAUCCGGUUCCUACACUAAAUUGCUUUUAUCAUUAUUAUUUUUUGGGGGGGUGGAGCUUUAAUAUGUCAGUUGAUAUCAGAGCACCUCAUCUCAUCUUGUCAGCGGGCGGCCCCGGCCCAGGCUGCGGGUGUCCGCUGUCAGACCAAGCAUUAGGUAGAGAAUGUCAUAGAUCUUGAGUGUCUGCCUCUGCACUGCUCAGUGAACAAAGGGAAAAGUUGGGUGCCUUGGGUUGUUUUCUGCAAUGUCACUAUGAAUUUCACUUUUAGAGGGUCACAGUUAGUACUACUGCUGUUCAAUUUCUUACAUGGAAAAGGAUUUUCUAGCAAGGUACGAUAAAGCUUUUUGCUACUGCAGUGAGUACAUUUUAUUCUAUAGGAGUUUACUCAUGCUCUUCAGUGGCUAGUUAGCAGGUGUGUCUUUGUCUGUGUGUAUAUAUAUAUAUAUAUAUAUAUAUAUAUAUAUAUAUAUGCAAUGGUUCAAAGUGAAACUUGUAACAUGGGUGAUUCCACUUCCAAACAGACAGUGUUUUUAAUGCUAACAGGAUCUGAUGACUCCUUAUCUCUGACUUGUGUCAGAGCAAUUCAGACCAGCCAGCUGUAAAGCAGGACCUGCUCCCCAUUAUGUUUGGGUUUUACUAACUGAAGUGCCACGGCUUUGGUUCCCCCCUUUGUAAGUAAUUAUCUCAACAGUUAAUCGGAACCUAUAGCCAUGUUUGUGUAUUUCUUCUUUUCACAUGGGUUAACCUAGCUACUGCCAUUACGUUGUAAUGAUCAUUUUCAAUUGUUGUACUUCCACCACAGCGAGUUUGACCCUCUUUCAAAACCAGUAACCACCCGGGGCCUGCUGGAGCCACUGCUGACUCAAUGUGUAUUAUGUGAUAUUUAAACAACUGCUUGAUUAGUUACAACUAAGAACGGUGCCGCUAAAUAUGAAGAUUUCACACAAUCGCUACGAUCUUUUUGGGCUUGUGUGUGUGUCUUCCUGGGCACCUGUUCUAGUAAGUGAAAAUGGCUUCACUAGGAUUUAGCUGCCACUGUGACCUGCUUUCAAAAACUGGUCCCACCCCCUUUAAUAAAGCCCUGGCUAACAGUGUCAGGCCCUGUGGUGAACAUUGGGCAAUGGACCAGUUAGUUUGUAGACUUCGAACAGGUAAACCCAUGAUAAUGCGCUAUAUAUUUAUCGGAUCAGUCUCCCUGUGGCUAAGAAACAUGUUUGUUGAUGUUUGCACUGCUCAACAUUUGUCUGGUGAUUUAUUCCCCUAUCGACUAGUUCUAGAUGUUAAAGAGAAUCAAAUGCUUUUAAUAUAUAUUUUCUGUAGUGCUAGUGUACAUGAAUUGUGCAAAUGCCUGACCCUUUAAUCUUGAAUGUGUUAAUGUGUGUGAAUCAUUACAAAAACACCCUCCAGCAACUGAGUGCAGGAACAACAACUAUUAAUCAUUAUGUGAUUAUCAGUCAGAUAUGAUGCAUAUGUUAUGUAACGUCGGUCCAGGUAUUAUCAAAGUGAUUCAUGAAUUUGAUUUGAAUAAAUUAAGUGCCAUGCUUGCUUUGUGUCAA